AUUAAAAUAAUUUUGUAGAUCGGAGCAGUUAUCACUGCGUAAAGUGAGUGGGAAAGCAAAGUUUGUUGGGACGAUUAUAUGUGUCACGGGAGCGAUGAUAGUAACUUUUUACAAAGGUGGCCACGUCCCAAUGUGGUCUUCUAAGAUCCAUUUGCUGCAUCAUACAACUGCAGCAGGAUCACAGAAGAAGUUAGAAUCUGGUAACUUCUCCCUGGGUAUAAUACUUGCCAUGAUAUCUUGCCUCUGCUACGCGCUUUGGAUGGUAUUACUGGAAAAAGUAGGAAAAGACUAUCCAUGCCAUUACACUAGCGCUGCUUGGAUGAGCCUUAUGGGCUCAAUUCAGUCAACCAUAUUUGCGUUUUGUUUUGAUCACGAAGGUAAUCAGUGGAAGCUUGGUUGGUCCCUAAGGCUCUUCGUCGUUCUCUAUAUGGGAGCUUUAGGGUCUGGGCUUGUUGUUAUUUUAAUGACAUGGUGCUCCCAAAAAAUGGGCCCAUUGUUUGUAUCAGUUUUCAACCCUGUGACACUUAUAUUUGUGGUAUUUGCAAGUGCAAUGUUGCUUCAUGAGACGCUAUAUGUUGGAAGUGUUUUAGGUGGUGGUAUAAUAGUAGCGGGAUUAUAUCUUGUGCUGUGGGUUAAAGAAAAAGAGCAGAGGGCAUCGAAGCAGUCAAUCCCCGAAGUAGCCAAACAUGAUAUCGAAGGAAACUAAUUAACCAAACAUAGAAAUAAUUAAAAUUCUCGAUUAGUGAACCUAUCUUUUUUACUUCGUUCAAGUACUUUCUUUUAAUCGUGAUAAUAUAGAUCUCUUUCUUUCACUCAA